AUACUUCUUUCACUUCCAAUCCGGACUCUUCCUGCCGCUAAUCGCCGCCUACCUUCACAGCUUCUCAUAAACCUGGUUUCGUCUUCUUCACUGUGAAAGAUGCAGAACGAUGAGGCUAUAUGGCACGAUAUCAGAUACAUACACUGCUGUUAUAUGGCCAAAAUCGAAACCGGAAUCUUCUGCAGAAACCCUUAUAAUGUAACUGGUAUCUGCAGUCGAAGCUCUUGUCCCCUUGCCAACAUUCGCUAUGCCACCAUCCGUGACCACGAUGGAGUGUUUUAUUUGUAUAUGAAGACUAUAGAGAGAGCUCACACGCCAAAGCACUUGUGGGAGAGAAUUAAGCUGCCUAGAAACUAUGAGAAGGCACUUGAACUCAUUGAUAAGCACUUGUUGUAUUGGCCCGAGAUGUUGCAGCACAUGGUUAAACAAAGACUAACCAAAUUGAAUCAAAUGCGCAUUCGAAUGAGAAUACUUGCUCUCAAAACAAGGGAGAAGAUAAUGUCAAUGCCUAGCCUCAUACUCAUUCAAAGCAGACAGAGAAAGAGUACUCUGAUUCAAUCGAACAGUUUGCUUGAAUAUGCUAAUCAUGGUUCUUGAUGCAAAAAGGUAAUUCAAGAACAUCAUAGUAUAAACAAUCUUUCAUAAAAGGGAAAAAAAAGACAUCUCAGCAUAUUAGCCUUUACUAGAACAAAUACAAAAUCAAAGGCCUUAAAAUUUUGCAUUCUCUAGUUAACUUAAAAAGAAUCAGCACUUCAACUUUCUUCUCAAAGAUUCAGGCUUUGCCUCGUAUCUCCAUCUUCUUGCUCGACCUAUAAGACAUACAAAUAUGUAAGAAAGUACUACUGAAAAUUGUAGACACAAAAGUAUGCACAACUUAAAGCCAACUUUUGGAAUCUCACCUCAACAACAACUACUCUUGGUUUCUUCUUAGACUUUCCAUUAUCAACAGACUUCCUUAAAGCUCUUCCUUUUCUGUGAAUCACAACUUGCUCCGCAGCGUCAUCACCAUCCUCAUCUUCCGAGCCUGUACAGAGUUCAUGAUUAAAAUAACCAUUAUAAACCAAACGAAGCUAAUAUAUUGUAGUGAUGGUAGUUCAAACCUAUGCCAGCAGAUUCAUAAUGUCUCACUAUUUAACAAGUUAAAAAAAAAAAAACCUUUAUGAAAA